GUGCAAACAGCCUUGAAGUUCCGGAAUUUUGAAUGUUAUAGGGUGAUAUCACGGAGGUGGUACACACUUUCUGAAUUGAUGCCACUUAAUGCUGAAUAUGCCCGUGAGUUGAGGGCAGUAUUUAAGAUUCUAGAGUUUUCUCUCGGUUUCGCUCUCAUUGUUGCAAUUGUACUAGCCGAUCAUUAUCGAAUUUCAACAGUGGGAGGUUGCAUUAUAUUCGUUACAGUAGUUACAACUAUCACAUCAAUAUGCUUUUUCGUCCUUCAUCUAUCUGGCCUUGUUUACAAGUGCACGGGACCGAUCACAUUAAUUGAGUUCAUUUGUAUAAUUGUCUGCUUUAUCCUUGAUUUGGUUGCAAUGAUUGUAGCAGCAGCAACUACCCGAGAUUCUGGUGCUGCAAUAGCUUCUGCAAUUUUAUUUGCAAUUGGAUUCGUAUUCUAUGGUAUAGAUGCUUUUAUUCUAUUUUCAUACUAUCGACUAAACGGUGGCUAUGUAAAUGAUCCUAAAACGAAGCAACGACCCAAUUUACCUCCAAAAAUAACUCAAACAUUGAGUUCAGUGAAUACGACGACAACAAUAGCAUCAUCAACAACAACAACACCAGCAACAUCUGUAUAUCUUAAUAAUGCCUUCGAAAAAGAAUAGCUGAUAGGGUUUUCAAUACUGAUGAAAUUCGUCUUUCAGGCCAAAUAGAACGAAAAAUCCAUCAAUCUUCAUGUUUCAAUGUGGUGUCGUUGUCUUCUUCCACCCCCCCCCACCCCCAAUUCAACACCUUAUAAGCAUAGAUUUCCUUACAAUUGACAUUAUUAGUACUGACGUUUUAUUGUUGAGAAGAAACAGCAAUUUCUCCUACAAUUAUCCUAUCCUUAAUAAGUUUAUGUUUCAUCUUAUACUUGAAAACUGUACUUUGAUAUGCAUUUACCGCUCACAUUUUCUGCUGAUCAGGUCAACACAGUUUCUGUUUAGUCACCGAUGCCAAAGUAUUUACUGAUUUGGUUUUAUUUCUUACGAUGAAGUAUGUGUCAGCAGACCAUCUGAUCUAUCUAUUCAAGUUUCUGUCAUAAAAUACAAAUUGAACAAACUAAUUACAGUUUAUUUAUAUUCAUCAUGUUGCGAAGUUUUGAAUUACUCAUGUAUAUACAGUUAUUAAACUUUCAACGGUUGGGAAGCUCGCUUCACUUACUGCAGCCACAUGGUAUAAUUGACUGAUCACCUAGCGCAUAAAAUUGUACAUGAUUGUUGAGCAAUUUUCUUCGCACCACGCAUGUAUUCGCGUUACUUCCAUUACAAUAUAGCAAAAAUGAAUAAAAAAGCGAAGUACUAAGAGGCAUUAGCCCAAAUGAGUAUGUCAACUGAGAGGUUAAUUAUUCAACAUUGAAAUUAACUUCAAUAGUGAAUGUUUAUUUUUUGUGAAUGCAGUCUAACUUCAAUAUCUUUCUCAAUAUAAAUUCGUCUUUUA